GGCACACAACCAUUUGCAUAUCAUAAUUACCGUGAUCAAUCAGUAAAUCAUCAAUCGGUUUCUUUUCUUUCUCUUCUCUUUCGUUUCGUCCUUAGCUCACCCGCUCCUGCCACGAUGCGUCUCUCCGGAGUCGCCGUCGCCGGCCUGCAUCUAUCUGUCGCCCUAGCUGGUAUCGGAAUUGGGGAUCAUGAACAGACGCCUCUGGGUCUCGGCGGCCCGUGGGGUCCCAUCUCUCAGGGGAAGAAGAAACCCAACAUCGUGUUUAUCCUGACCGAUGACCAAGACCUGCACUUGCAGUCGCUCGACUACCUUCCCCUGAUUAAGAAACAUCUCAUCGACAAGGGAACUUUCUACAAGCGCCACUACUGCACCACGGCCAUCUGCUGCCCGUCCCGAGUCUCUCUGUGGACUGGCAAGCUCGCGCACAACACGAAUGUGACCGACGUGAGCCCGCCUUAUGGCGGAUACCCCAAGUUUGUGAAGCAGGGGCUGAACGAGGCCUACCUCCCGGUGUGGCUCCAGGAGGCCGGGUACGACACGUACUACACGGGCAAGCUCUUCAACGCGCACACGGUCGACAACUACGACUCGCCGUACCCGGCCGGCUGGAACGGGACCGAGUUCCUGCUUGACCCUUACACCUACAUGUACCUCAACGCCAGCUUCCAGCGGAACCGCGACCCGCCCGUCAGCUACCCGAACCAGCACUCGGUGGACGUGCUGACCCAGAAGGCCCUCUCCUUCCUGGACGAGGCCUCGCAGUCGCCGCGCCCCUUCUUCCUCGGCAUCGCGCCCGUCGCGCCGCACAGUAACGUGGCCCAGGCGCCGACGCCGGACGGGGACGGGGGCUGGGACGAGGACGGGGACUACGACGACAUCGAGUCGCGGGUGACCUUCACGCCGCCGAUCCCCGCGGCGCGGCACGCGCACCUGUUCGCCGACGCCGUGGUGCCGCGCACGCCGCACUUCAACCCGGCCGAGCCGGCGGUGGCGACAUGGGGUGCCGGGUGGCUGCGUCAGCUGCCGCCGCAGACGGCGGCCAACGUGGCCUUCAACGACCACUUCUACCGGCAGCGCCUGCGCGUGCUGCAGUCGGUCGACGAGCUGGUCGACGCCGUGGUGCGCCGGCUCGACCAGCUCGGCCUGCUCGCCGACACGUACCUCUUCUACACGACCGACAACGGCUUCCACAUCGGCCAGCACCGCCUGCAGCCGGGCAAGGAGUGCGGCUUCGAGGAGGACAUCAACGUGCCCCUCAUCGUGCGCGGGCCCGGCGUCGCCCCGGCCCACGUCGCCGACCGCCUCGUGACCGCCCACGUCGACCUGGCCCCGACCAUCCUGCGCCUCGCCGGCGUCGACCCCGCCCGCCUCCGCGACCACUACGGCUUCGACGGCGAGGCCAUCCCUCUCUCCCGCCCGGCCAUCGACGCCGCCGCCCGCUCCCGCCACGAGCACGUCACCGUCGAGUUCUGGGGCUUCGCCCUGUCCGAGGGCAGGGCCUUUCCCGGCCACGAGGAGCGCCUGCUGCGCAACAACACGUACAAGGCCCUGCGCGUCAUCGGCGACGAGUAUAACUUGUAUUAUGCCGUGUGGUGCAAUAACGAGCACGAGCUCUACGACUUGACGACGGACCCCUACCAGCUCAACAACCUCCUUCGCGACUCGGCCAAGCCCCCCGCCACCCUGCUGGGGGUGCCGUUCGAGAAGGUUGUUGCCCGUCUGGACUCGCUGCUGUUUGUGCUCAAGUCGUGCAAGGGGCAGACCUGUGUCCGGCCGUGGCACGCCCUGCACCCGGCCGGCAACGUCCAGAACCUGCACGACGCCCUGAACCCCCGCUUCGACGUCUUUUACGAGCAGCAGCAGAAGAAGGUCAGCUUCACCCGCUGCGAGAUGGGCUACCUCCUAGAUGCCGAGGGGCCCCAGUUCGAGACGGACGGGCUGGUGUAUCGGCACGGGGCGAGAUGGAGCGAAUGGGUUUGAAAAAUAAAAUUGGAAAGUAUUUAUCUAGUAUUAAAUGCUAGCUACCUGCCUUGUAAUUAGCUAUCAUAAUUACAUCAAGCUCUAUUCUAGG